UGCUGCUAAGCGGGAGGGAGAGAUUUGGGGUUUCUGAAUUGCUCUUUGUUGCUGCUUUUGCAGAAUGAUACGGUGACCAUUCGGACGAGGAAGUUCAUGACGAACAGGCUGCUUCAGCGUAAGCAAAUGGUGAUUGAUGUCCUUCAUCCUGGAAAAGCCACAGUCCCCAAAACGGAGAUCCGUGAGAAGCUGGCCAAAAUGUACAAGACAACCCCAGAUGUCAUUUUUGUCUUUGGCUUCAGGACUCAUUUUGGGGGUGGGAAAACAACCGGCUUUGGCAUGAUCUAUGAUUCCCUGGACUACGCCAAGAAGAAUGAGCCGAAACACAGAUUGGCUAGGCACGGCCUGUAUGAAAAGAAAAAGACUUCUAGAAAACAGCGCAAAGAGCGUAAGAACAGGAUGAAGAAAGUCAGGGGCACAGCUAAAGCAAACGUUGGCGCUGGCAAGAAGUGAGCCGGCCGGAAGAUUUCACAGGUACGAAUAUCUCAGGUGUUGUUUUUCGGUCUGCACUUGCAACCUGCUUCCUUCCUGGUCCCGAAGACGGCCUGCGGUGAUACGGGUUUUCUGGGGGAAUGUUCCGGUUCAAAUUGAAAUAAAUGCUUGAAUAAUAGUAGCAGAAGAAGGUCGACUCCACCACGUACAAGCACUGGGGUUUGUCCGUGCUUCAUAGGCUACAUUUCGUCAUUCUGACAUGACUGAUUUACAGCACAGCAGCCCCGUAGGAAGGUAAAAUUUUCUGAUUUGGAAAAUUUUCAAGCUUCACAACACUGACUGCUGGACAUGAAUAUUCCUUGUCUUCUCUGCAGGGAAUUUCUCCUGUUCUGGGGUCAUUGUGAAACACUUCCAGUGGAGGAGUGGGGAAUCAAACCCACUUCGCCCAGAUAAGAGUCUGCACACUUAACCACUACACCAAACUGGCUGUGCUCCAUAGCUUACAGAGAGCUACAUUGGCAGCGAACCAUCCACAAAAAGAGCCACAUUUGCUUCCAUCUUGCAGUCAGCUGGUGGGAACAAAUUGCCAACUGCAGUGGACAAAGACUUUGCCCGCUUCCAGAAGAGCCACAGGUGGCUUAUGAGCCACUGAGUAAAUAUAGCUAAGGGAGAGCAAUGGGAGAGGGAAGGGAGGCAUGGCAAUGAGACAUUAAAAAGCAUGCAGAGUUGGAAGUGCCCUGUAGAGGCCUCUGCCCCAUCUCACUCCCCCUGAGUCACUGCCUGACUGACUACACGGCGCAAGCCAAGGGUUUUAUGCCUUCCUACCAGCAGACCGUCUUAGAUUAACUGUUGAGAACACAGAGGGAAUUCUGAGCUUUGCAGAACAAUGUUUGUUGCACGCGCAUCAGACUGACAUUCUUUUUUCUUUUCCUUACAGAACAGCUGAAUCAUCCUGGUGGAAAAUAUUUGCUAAUAUAGCAGCAGGUCUUCAAAUAAAUUUUAUAAAAACUGAA